AAGGGAAGGGAAGGAAAGGGCGAGAGAGAGAGGGAGCGGGGCCACAGUUUCGCAGCAAGCAGGGUUUCGUAGGAUGAAUGCCACAUAAUGUCGUGACCUUCUCCCCAAUUUCUCCUCGGCGACGCUUGUUUCUACCGAUUCCGAUGUUGAUUCCGCGAUCGAUCGCCCCUUUCUGCAGGUUUUGUCCUGGUGGGUCGUGCUGAUUGCGUCGACUGGCAAAGGCUGGAGGAGGUGGGUGAAGUGGGCAGAUAGAUAGUCGGAGAGAUUUUGCUAAGGUUUUGAUUCUGGGUGAGAGAGAGAGAGAACGAGAGAGAGAGAGAGAGAGAGGGUGGAAGCGGUUAGGGUAUGGUGGUGGAAUGUGGUUUUAAAAUGGCAGCUUCCAACACGCUUUCGAAUGGGCACUCCGUGCAGCGACGCAGUGGCGGUAACGCAGGUGGCGCGAGCCAAAAUAACAAAUCUGUGUUGGCGUUCCAGUGCCAACUUGAGCAUCACCAGGAUUCUGCGCGUUUGCAUAGCAAUGGCAACUGCGGAGAGAACAAGCAGUAUCGUGGGGAUUUUUUCAGCAGUAAAGAUCCUGGUCGUCGGAAGAGGGGGAACCGGUUUGCCAAACUGAAGCAAUGUAAGCUGGACGCCCGCAGAGAACAGUGGUUGUCACAAGGUUCACAAGGAAAGCAAUGGAAUCCCGAAAAACAGCUACAAAAUAAUCAACUACCAUAUCAAAACUGCGAGCAUCAUCACAAGGUAGGGGAUGGAGAGUGCAUGCCGCAGGAAAGAGCAAGUCCGUCGGGGCAUACUCGAAGUCAAAGCUUAGGCUCGAUUGGAUCGAUGAGUGAACGGAUACCUAUAUUUUCGCUUGCGUCACAGUCACGGUCUUCAGGCAAUGGUUCGAACAAUGAAGUCAAGAACCUCAAAAAAGAGGCUCCUGCAAGAAGGCAGGAUGUUUCUUGCAGGGCACCGAAGUAUUUUGGGGAUGAAGAACUGGAUGGGGGAAGUGAACAAAAGCAGGGCCCAAAGCAUUUGCGAUCAAGUAGUGAUAUAAGCAAAUUAAGAUUCAAUAUCUCUGGUGCAAGUAGCAGCUACACAGGGAGUGGUUCAGAAGACCAUGAUGAGCCUCACGAUGCGGAUGACGACUGGGAAUCUGCUUUCGAUGCAUUGCAUAUACAGAGCUCCCAACAUCGACCUGAAGCGUUGCACAAAUGCCCUGGUUCUGAUCGUGCUCUGCAUAGUGAAGAGAAAGAGCAGCACGAUAGAAAACAGAACGGUGCUCAUCAUUACAAUCCACAUCAUUCUGAUAUGCAGGGUGCUCAAUUGAAAUCCGAUUACAAGCACAGGAAUUCCGGAUUUGGAGGCAGGAGAGGAAAUGGUGGAAGGGCUUGGCGUCCUGACGAUGUAUCUCGACCGCCAACUUUACCGACGCUUGUCAAGCAGCACACGUACCCAAAUCACUCCGGCAAUAACAACCACCAAGGUUGGGGUCAUGCGCAUGGGAGUACUUGGGAAAAUCAACAGCCAUCACCAUCUUAUUGCCCUAUAUGCACAGAGGAGCUUGAUAUGACAGACUCAUCAUACAUGCCCUGUCCUUGUGGCUUUCAACUCUGCCUGUUCUGCUACCACAGAAUCGCAUCCGAUGAUGGGCGUUGCCCAGGCUGUAGGAAGCCGUAUAGUACUGACGUAGCAGUCAAGCUGUCCCAGUCUUCCGCUGUUUGGCUACGAGUAUGAUCAUUCACAGUGGUGCAUGCUUCUCUUGUGGAAUGAGUGGAGGAUUAUAUAUGUUAUGUGCGUACCAUAGUGGUACAGGUGUGAGCGAAUGGGUGCGACAAAGGCCUCCGUUGCGUAUCGGCUCGGCUUUUACAGCAAUGGCAUAUGCUUGUCUGCUGAGAUGACUUACGGCUUUGGUUUUUUGGGGCAUUUAUUUUGCUAACCAGAUAAGUUAGACUGUUUAUUUCAACUGUUGUGAGUCAAUAUAGUGCGAUUUACCCUUGCAUUAACUUAAUACUCUUUCAGUUUAAUUAGCAAAAACUAGUGUGUACGUUCAACGCUAAGAUUUCAAUAAACUAGCGUUCACUUAUAACAUCAUUCUUUCGUUACCUUCA